UUGCCUGUUGUAAUUCUGUCUGCCUCUCUCUGACUCUGCAUGUCCCACUGUUUCUGUCUUUCCUCACUCUUGUUCCUUUUCCCUGAAUCACAGUCCCUCUGUCUUUCUGCCCGUGACACCGUCCCCUCUCCCGAUGCCUGCCUUUCUGGAAAUAGAUGGCUUAAUUGCUCAGACAGGGAAAUAGAGGCCAGGGUCCUCUCUCCUGGCUUUCCUCUUCAUCUCACUGAGCCUGCCUGUCAGGAGGACUUCAGGUCCUGCAGCCGCGGGUGGCCUAGAGCCAGGGGCGGGCGGAGUCCAUCCGGGCGGGACUGGCCCCAGGGCCACCCCAUAAAGCCUGGGGCGAGGGGCGCGACGUUUCGAAGGGGCCCUGGAGGGGCUGCUGGAUUCGACACUCCCCACAGGCUCUUCUGCGGUGUCAUGCACCGAGGCCCCCGGACCGCGCCGGGCUGGGCGCUGUUGCUACGGUUGCUGGUUCUGCUGCGGCCCCCGGGGCUGGGCGAGACGUGCAGCUGCGCUCCCGCGCAUCCCCAGCAGCACGUCUGCCACUCCGCGCUUGUGAUCCGGGCCAAAAUCUCCAGUGAGAAGGUAGUUCCUGCCAGUGUAGACCCUGCUGACACCCAAAAAAUGAUCCGGUAUGAAAUCAAACAGAUAAAGAUGUUUAAAGGGUUUGAGAAAGUCAAGGAUGUUCAGUAUAUCUAUACACCUUUUGAUUCCUCCCUCUGUGGUGUGAAACUAGAAGCCAACAGCCAGAAACAGUAUCUCUUGACUGGUCAGGUCCUUAAUGAUGGAAAAGUCUUCAUCCAUCUGUGCAACUACAUCGAGCCCUGGGAAAAUCUAUCCUUGUUGCAGAGGGAAAGUCUGAAUCAUCACUACCAUCUGAACUGUGGCUGCCAGAUCACCACCUGCUACACAGUGCCCUGUACCAUCUCGGCCCCCAACGAGUGCCUCUGGACAGACUGGUUGUUGGAGCGGAAGCUCUACGGGUACCAGGCCCAGCAUUAUGUCUGCAUGAAGCAUGUUGAUGGUACCUGCAGCUGGUACCGGGGCCACCUGCCCCUCCGGAAGGAGUUUGUUGACAUCAUCCUGCCGUAAUAGGGACCAGUGACCACCACAUCCCUUCAAGAGUCCUGAAGACAAAGCUAGUUCUCCUUCCCUGCAGAGCUGUGAUCAUCACUACCUGCCUGACCGCUGACAGCCAAUGGGAAGAAUCAGGUGGACGGCAGGCCAGGGUUAGGGCAGGGAUGCGGCACUUCACAGCUUAUGUCUAAGACCCCAGCCCAGAACCUGUCAGGGGCUAGGGAAGGUACAGUGACCUUUCUGUCCUGCCAUCAGCCCUUCUCCCUUGCUUCCCAAACCCCAUUAUUCUAGCUUAUACCUGUCACUGAGAGAUUUCCCUUGAUCCUGGCUCAGUUCAUUUGCCAAAACCAAAACUAUUUGCUUUUCUCCCCAGGAAAGUGUGUUUUCCUUUAUCUUAUCUGAUAGAGGAGAAAUGAUGACUAUUACACAUAUGAGAAGGUG